GCACACACGCAUAACAAAAUCUAUGUCCCCCAUAUACAUGUCACCCCUACCCCACACCAUCUCUAUAUAUACACCCCUUAACUCUGUCUCUUGCUCCAUCCAUCCAUCUCAUCUACAGCUGCUAGCUAGCUUGCUUGCUUGCAUAUCAUUGCCAUAUAUCGAUUGAUCCUUCAGGACAAUCUAGCUAGAUAGAGAUAGAGGGCCGGAGAGAUGUCAGGGGUUUGGGUGUUCAAGAACGGCGUGGUGCGGCUGGUGGAGAACGGGCCGGGGAGCGAGCAGCUGCCGGCGGUGCGGCGGAAGGCGCUGCUGCACACGCCGAGCGGGCAGGUGGUGUCGUCGUACGCGUCGCUGGAGGCGAAGCUGACGGCGCUGGGGUGGGAGCGCUACUACGAGGACCCGGCUCUCUACCAGUUCCACAAGCGCGGGUGCAUGGACCUCAUCUCCCUCCCCAGGGACUUCCACCACUUCUCAUCCGUCCACAUGUACGACGUCGUCAUCAAGAACAGGGACUCCUUCCGCGUCGUCGACUCUUGAUUCAUUAUAAUCUCUCUCUCUCUUCAUGCAUGGGUCAAUUUGCUAGCUCCUUAUAAUUGGUGAUGAUCUAGCUCCUUAUCAGGAUUCAGGGUGCUUGAUUUGUUGUGCUUUAAUUAGUGUGUGGUUGAGAGAGUGAGUGAGUGAUUACAUGCUUUGUUUCCUUGCUGUUAAUUACAUGAGUGAGUGAUUACAUACAUACACAUAUGAUUGUGAGUACCGAUGAUCGAUCAGUACGGUAGUGUGACUCAUAGGUAUGUAUGUAUAGGUUUCCGUUGCGUGGGAGCUAGUGUACGUACUGUAAGAUCUCUCUGUUCUGAUGUAAACAGGUUUAUAUUUUUCAUGUGAUGAAUAUAUAUGUACAUUGAUUUGCCUA